GGGGCGGGCCCUCGGCGCGCUAUAAGGGGGCGGGCGGGGGAACCGGGGGCGCCUCUCCUCAGGUGUCGUCGCCGCCGCCGCUGCUGCCAUGGCCCCCGCGCUGUGCCCGCUCCGCGCCCUCGGCUGGGUCGCGCUGCGGCCCCCCUGCGGCCGCCGCCUGCACCUCAGCGCGCACAGAGGUGAUGCAGUUGUGAUUUCUGGAAGGAAGCUGGCCCGACAGAUCAGACAGGAAGCCCGUCAUGAGGUUGAACAGUGGGUAGCAGCUGGAAACAAGAGACCUCACCUCAGCGUUGUUCUAGUUGGUGAAAAUCCUGCAAGUCACUCCUAUGUAUUGAACAAAACCAAAGCAGCUGCUGAUGUUGGAAUCAGCAGUGAGACGAUUCUCAAGCCAGCUUCUAUUACUGAGGAAGAACUACUGGAUUUGAUCGGCAAACUAAAUAAUGAUGCCAAUGUGGAUGGCCUGUUAGUGCAGCUUCCUUUACCUGAACACAUUGAUGAGCGAAAGAUUUGCAAUGCUGUGACUCCAGACAAAGAUGUUGAUGGCUUUCAUGUAAUAAAUGUGGGGCGCAUGUGCCUUGACCAGUAUUCCAUGCUGCCAGCUACCCCCUGGGGUGUGUGGGAGAUCAUUAAGAGAACUGGCAUCCCAACACUGGGGAAGAAUGUGGUGGUGGCUGGCCGGUCAAAGAACGUGGGAAUGCCCAUAGCCAUGUUGCUGCAUACAGAUGGCAGGCAUGAGCGCCCAGGAGGUGAUGCCACAGUAACAAUAUCACACCGCUACACUCCAAAGGAGCAGCUGAAGCAACACACAAUCCGUGCUGACAUUGUGGUAGCAGCAGCAGGCAUUCCCAACCUGAUCACAGCUGAUAUGAUCAAAGAAGGAGCUGCAGUUAUUGAUGUGGGGAUAACUAGAGUGCAGGAUCCCAUCACUGCCAAAUCAAGGCUGGUUGGGGAUGUGGAUUUUGAAGGGGUGAAAAAGAAAGCUAGUUACAUCACUCCAGUCCCUGGAGGAGUUGGGCCCAUGACAGUUGCCAUGCUGAUGAAGAACACCAUCAUUGCUGCCAAGAAGCUGUUGAAACCCAAAGCAUUGGAAGCCUUAACUGUUUAACAUAGGACUGUUUUUAGCACUGAAAACAACAUUCCAAAAUGACUCCCAGACAGGCCGAUAGAAAAUGCAAUAUUUUUAUUUAUUGUACAGAAGUGGUAUUUCCUAUUCUGAGGUCAUAGAUAUUUAUUUGAAGCUGAAGCAUAUGUGCAUUGCUUAUACCAAGGCAUAAGCAUCUACACUCCUGGCCUAUUCAUUCAGUACAUAACAUCUAGCAGAGCUGCUUUUUGAGCUAACACUCUUCUAAGAAGUCAGCCCUGCAGCUUACGCUGUUCUUGCAGGGACAGAGCAGCAGUUGAGAUGCUGGGCGUGCAGUUCUCCAGGGAACUUGGUGCAAUAUUAGCAAUCCUGGAGGAAGUGGAGUGGGGCUUCACAGUGCAGAAGUAAUGACUUCGGUGCUUCUAUUCUCACAAAUGCCCAGACUGCUUGCAUUUGACCAGCUCUGAAGUAUUUUACUCAAUGCUAGACGUGUAGUUUGAGUUGAGCUCUUCUGUAGAACCAUCUACUUGAAAAAGCCACAUCUGUUCUCAGCUUGGCUGGGGCCAUAGACAGUGGUAGAUCUGUUGUAACAUUUUUAGUGUGCAGCUAAGCUUUUUUUUUUUCCUAUUUGGAUGGUGACUUUUUUAAACCCUUUUUCUCUAACCAAAGAAAAUUGGGGGGGGGGUGCUGUUGGUGACUGUACUGGGCCCACAGUAAGCUUCCUGGACUGUAGUGUGAAAGGAUUCCAGUGCUUGGUGAAUAAUCCAGGCUAACUCUGAAUAAAGUACGGAAGGGGGGAACCCCACUUGUUUCCUAGAA